UUAACGCGAGCAUGUGAACGGAUCUCGAGACUCGAAUUUUCGAUUCGGAACAUCUAGUAAGAAUUAGCAUACGCAGCAGAGAUAAUUGCGGAGGUUGAAUUUAAUUUUCGACGAGAAGAUCGUGUUGCUUGUUUGCACGAGAUUUUUUAUGAAAGCGUGGUUCGUUGAUUCGUGCUCGUCGUUUAAUCCAUCGGUCGGUCGCGCCUGCCUCUGCUUGCUGCCGCGAAUGUGGAUACUUCACGGUGCGCCGUGCUGCUACUGCUGCUGCCGCCGCUGUGCGUUUGAUGUGCUCACCACGGCUAAUCGUUCUCGAUUUCUGACGAGACUUGUACAUUCGUGAACGGUUUGGAACAGUUUAUAGUUCGUUAUUGUGCCAGGCCCCGCCGUGAUUGUCACUUGAUAGCAACACCCGAGGCGCCAAAGCUGUCCGCAUCGGCGCUUUCUUCAGCCCAAGUGGUAUCAAUGUUGUCUGGCAAUGGUGUGUAAGGAGAACGUGGUAUCAUGGUUUGGGAAUCUGUCCAGUUAUAAACGUAUCGAUGUCAUGUGCACGUUAUUAAAUAUGUGCCUGCCAUUUGAAGUACGAUACCUUGGCACUUGUGUCGAGGAUAUUGGCAAGCGGGAUUACAACGACCUCCGUGACACAGAACAUCAUGCAAAUAGUGCCUCUGAUCUUGCGGAGCUGACAACCUUAGGAGUAGCAGAUAAACGCACAAGACGGAAACUUGCUCUCUACAUGGCAUUAUUACAUUCAUGUAAUUAUGCAUGUGCUGUGAUCUUAUACAAGAACCUGUCAAAUUUUGACUAUCAAGAGAUCUCUAACCUACUAAAUGGGACCACCAUCUCACCGGAUGACCAACCACUGGAGGAGCUGCUCUUACUGUAUACAAUGGCUUUAAAUCAUCCAGCAUUUACAUAUGAGCAGAAAAGUAUAUUUGGCAACAUUUAUAUGAAACUGCAAGAAGAGGAAUCUCGUUUGAAUCUUUCAAAGUCUAAUUCAUCCUACAAACAGGCACAAGGGUGCUCACCAUGUAUGAGUACAAAUGAUAGAUUGAUGGACAAUGAAGUACAGGGUAGUUGCUUGAUGGCACCUCCCCCAAUGCAAACCUACCAUGGAGAUAUGACAAUGAGAAAUAAUACUAUGGUAACUGGAGUUCCCCCGGGUUUAUCAAUGCCUCCACCUGGAUUAUGUUUACCAACACCAGAGCAAAUGCCAAUCAGAUCGGGUGGUGGAGCACAAUAUGUUCACCUUGGCUUUUCAUCAAUAAAUCAUAUGCCGCCAUGGACAGGUCAGGUUAUGAUGGGGAAUCAACUGAUGUAUCAUACUGGCGACAUGUUGGCUUAUCCACCUUCCCCCUUAGUCAGCCGUCAAUCGUCGCCAUCCCAGUCUCGAUCUCCUAGUCGCAGUAAUUCCCCAAUGAGUCGCAGGAAUAAUACAAUGCCGCGGACCUCUUCACAAGUGACUCAGUCUACUUCAAACACCUUAACGUCAACGAGUGCCUCUAACAGUCAAACUAGCAUCUCCAGUUCAAAUGCCAAUUCCCUUCCGCCACUUCCUGCACUUGGUACGAGCAGGAGUCAUCCUAGUCAACCUCCAUUGCUGCCAUCACGUUCUGUUCCCUUGCCAAUUAGUAGUUCUACCACCUUCUCACGGCACAAUAGCAUAGAAAAUGCCUCUUCUACCUUAAUUCCGGCAGCAGCACAAUCUAAACAACCACCACCACCACCACGAUUGAGGUCGUCAACAUCUGGUGACUCUUUACGAGAAACGUUAGGGAAAGAAAUGCCAAACUUCAAAGGCAAUUUGCAGAAUUUUUCUCUUGACGAGAUUCGAAGGAUGAGCGAUGGAGAUUUGAGGGAAAUAGGAUUGACACCAAAUGCAGUGGGACAACUACGAAGUAUAGUGAAGAGCCAAACAAGUAAUGGUUUAAAUCAAAUUACCAGCGACAAAAAAUUGGACAAUACUAGUAAUGCAGCACAUGCAACUAUGGAUUCAUUCGAAAAUGAAGCUAUGUCAGGGACGGAGAUGAUGAAUGAUAAUGGAAAUCAAAGUAGUAAGUCUAUACCAUUACAGGAACAGCAUCCAGCGAUGCAUCAUCAUCAUAAUCAUGCGGCCACUCCUAAUUUACGGCGAUAUCCUACUAUGCCACCAUUAGAACCUGCGCAAAUACAAAUGUAUCCUGCACCGCCCCCGAUGUAUGCUGCACAAAAUGCACCGUGUUACGCCUGUCUUACGUUACCUGUUGCUGGGGUACAAAAUCGAUACUCGAGGUGCAAUGCACAUGUGUAUUGUCUGACGCAGUUACAAGCCUUAAACUUAGAUCCUGAGAGCAGUAGGCACUGUUCGCAGAGCAGUAGUUCCGAUAGUACUGGUAGUAGAUCUCCGCCAGAAACUCCUCCGGCAGCACCGUGGGUGAGCGGAAGCGAGAGCAAUGCACCAUCAGUUACAGAUCACCUUAGCUCUGCACCAGUGCAUUCUACGAGCGCAGUAUCACAUCCAGCACCUCAACAACCUAUACAAUCGGGCGCGGAAAGGCAACGUAAAAGAAAUCCGGCGUCGCACGUGAUGCGUCACAAAAGUCAAAUGGUGAACGGCGGUGGACCACCGAACUUAUCUCAAUGCGUUUCCUUUCCCGCACCUCCAUCGCAUUCGCAGGUCGCGUAUUUGCCGCACGGUCAUUUCUCCACUUUGAGACCGAGCAGUGGUAUUUACUCUAAUUUCUCACAUGGACCGUAUGCAAGGCCAGCUUAUCCGACCACGUAUCAACCAAAUGGAGAAAUGAUGUACCAAUAUCCUGGACAUCCACCUUCAGGAGGAACACCCCCACCUCCGCCAAAUGCUGCCGCAACACCUGUACAGGCACCGUAUAUACCACCAACUCCGGUUGUUACGUACGCACCAGCUGCCGUCCCACCUACGAAAAUCUCGUGUUAUAACUGUGGCAGUAGUAAUCACGUCGCAGUUGAUUGUAAAGAUCAAACAAUGGAGGACAUUACCAAAAAAGCUCAGUACCGCCUAGACUACAGCGUAAUGAAACAACCUGGAGAGUGCCCAAGUUCCGAUAAGUGAUCCCCUGCUACAGACCAUUCAGCAAUUUACCACCAUCGUCAUUACCAUAAUUACUGUUACUAUCACUAUCAUUAUCAUUCCCAUUGCCACUACUACCAUGACCCCGCCACAGUAAUACAACCCAAGGGCCGUUCAAAAGAUGACUACUAUCGCUCCUUGUGCAAGUUUUCGGUGAUUUUUGUAGACAUCCCUUACAUUCAGGACGACGAUUUUUUAACAGAGGACGUUUCGCGAUUCACGGUACCAGGUAUACUUUUUACAAGUUCUUAUUUAUGAUAGAAAUUAUUCUUAACUAUGAUUGUAAAAAGAUGUGUAGUCGUCGUGUACAAAGGGGAAAGAUAACUAAAGGAAGCAUAACGCAGCAUCCGAUGUUAUUAUCUAUGUUUUUAGAAUACAUUUUGAAAGAUUUGUGUUAGGUAUUGACUCGCGUCUUUCCAAUGAUACCUAUUGGGCUACAUACCCCCUCCCCCCACCAAUCUCUCUCCCCCGUUUCUCUAGUAAACUAGCCAUAAACGAAAUGCAAAGAAAAAGAACUACGCAUUGUGCUCUGAUUAGGUGAAACUAUCACGUUUGACUAUAUUUAUCAUUGAUACUUUUACUUCUACUAGUAUGUCUACUAUCACACUAUUACUACUAUUACUCUUAAAACUAUUACUAUUACUUCUAUUAUCGCUACUGCGCCACGACGUUUUUAUGUGUAUAUAUUUUCUCAAUUCUUACGUGCGCAAUGUUUGAACGAAUGUAAUAAAAUACGAAUAGCAAGGAUGAAAUAAGGAUAAAAAGUUAGCAAAGAGCGAAUGCGUAUAUGAAAGCAAGGGAGAGAGCGAAAGAGAGCCAGAGUGAGUGAGGGAGACAUGUGUAGAUAGAUUGAGGGAGGAAAGAAAGAAUGAGAGAACAACAAACCAUAAGUGUUCGAUCAUUUAGCUGCCGUUGCGCUCCUGUGUGUAUAAAACUAUAAAUAUACGCCGCUCAUCACUCAUUUAUUAACUUACGGAUAGUUAGCUAAGUAACAAGUAACUCAUUCUAUUUAUACAAAAUAGUCAUGCAAUCACGUGCAACUUAAGCAAUUUUAUACGACUUUUAUUGAUCGCCCAUCUUUUUUAAGUGUAAGCUAAUGUGUUACAUGUGUUUAGAACCUUCUUAGUAAUUAAUGAAGAAUAAGAGAAAAAAAUCAGAAAAAAAGAGAGGAGGAAAAUAACAAUUCGAAUAUGUGCUAGCUGUUAGGUGUGAGUGGAGUGGCAAUUUACGUUGUACUCGCCUCGUCAACAAGUUGCUGCUGCAUUUAAACCGACUUUAAAAAGGACAAGAAUGUGACAUCCUUUAGCGUGUGCUAAUCAAACUGUAUAUUAGAGUGCAUAAUUUGACAAAAAUUUCGACUAGCCCCGAUAUCUACGAUGGUUCAAGCUGUUUAAUCGUAAGAUUCUCAAUAGUACGCACCUGAUCUAUGUGACGUAGAUCUUAGAUACCUAAUUAGUAUGGAAUGAAAAGUUAUACAACUGAUUGAGAAUGAAUACGUGUGAUUUUGAGUACGUAUGCAUUUAAAGAAACUUCCCUUCAAUAGUUUCCUGCUACAAAAAAGAGUUUCUGAAGUGUUCCUUUUGGUUGGUAAUGGAAUUGUUUUUCUUUCGGCAGCUAGUCAAUAGCCACGAAACAGAAUGUUUGGAUGAAAUUAUACAGUGAAAGUUGGAAGUUCGUGAUCUUUUUAAUUGUACACAACCUACUUUUCUUAUUCUUUUAUAAGUAAAUCUGUUUUUUUUUUCGUUUUCUUUGCUAUAGCGUGAAAAGUGUUUUCAUAACAAAGUAAACCAGGACAUUAACAAAAUUGAUCGAAUCAAAUUGCCAUUUGUUUAUAAACAAAAAAUCGUACAUCACUUUCAGAAUUAUUACUUAAGAUUCCGUUCUCGUUGACACGUCAAACAAACUUUCUGUUCAUUUUGUUUGAGAAACUUAAUAUAUUUACUGGAAGCUGGCUUGGACCUUAGGUGAUCUUUAGUGAAAGUGCCAUCUUUUUUCUGUAAAUAUCUAGUAUCUUUAUACCGGUCUACUGAACGCAAAGGUUGACAUUUCUCUUGUUACCAUUAGUAAAUAAUCGUUUCUUUAAAUCUACCUGAGAAAAGUUUCGAAGUGGCUGUGACCGAUGAGAAGUUCGUGAAAUUAUUGAAGCUCUAAAUGAGAACGUCUAUUUAACUCGAGAAUAAAAAGCAAAGUUUCCCGAUAUCUUUUAAGUGUUCAGUCCUCAAAUUUAGCGUCCAUUAUAAACUGCAGACUACGUGUGAGCAGAAUUUGAACGAAAAAGCCUCGUUUCUAUCAUGUCAUAAAUGUAAAUGUAUUGCUUGACAAAGACAACAGAAUAACGCCAUAUUUUUAUGAUUUCUUUUACACAAACAAUGUGUCUGAUAUAACGAUCUGUAUUUAAAUAGUGCGAAAUGAGAAGAGAAGAUUUAUAAAAUAACAAAUGGAAUCUAAAUUUGUGGGACAAACUAGAAGAGUGUAAUUUGAAUGGAAUUUACGUUUUCAAGCGAAUUUGAGUUUCAAAAACGAAAAAAUAUUAUUCGGCCAAUCAAUGUCGCAAAUACCGAUGAUUCUGCACUCAAUGAAAAAGUGAUAUAGCAGAUUUUCAAGCAGUAACAAAUUAUUGUUGACCAAGCGAUAUACCUUGAUGUUAUAGUCUGGGUAGUCGUGUUAUUGAAAGCAAUAGUAAUUCUUAAAAAUGCGCCACUUUAUUGCUGUUUGCUAACUGUUAAUGUUGCAAUAGUUAAAAAGUGCUUUUCACUAUAGUAUCAUUGGCAAUAAGAUGAGCGCGAUUUUUCUUGUCUUACUUGUUAAGCAAUAUUUCAUAGAGUAACAUCAACAUAGAUCCUUUCGAAGGAACAUGAUUGUAUAGUAUUAAUGUUGUAAGCAGCAUUAAGUGAAGUUCUGUACUUGCUGAUCAGCAAAUUGUACAUAAAAGGGAUACGCCGCUUUAGUGAUAAUGUCAUGCCUAGUGACACGAUACGUACGAAUGUUAAUUUGACUGAAACAAUUCUGUUGAAAAGAAGUAUAAGGGAUUACGGUUAUCAUUGUAUUAAUUAGAUUCAUUUCAUUGCAUUUAAUGGAUUUUAGUGUGCUCGUUUCAUCCGUUUCAACAUUUUUCAUUUUAUUUUUGUUUUCACUUGGAAAACCACCCUCCUUUUUUCAAAUUUCCGUUUUAGUGACGCCUUCCGCAUACAGCACGUUCUAUUAGGUUGGCCAUAAUGUCGUGUUGGAAUUUUCAUUUAAAUUUCAAUGAAAUUUCAGCAAUAGUAACUAUAAUGAAUUCCUUUUAAUGUAUACGUUGAAAUCUUAACAUUUGGACUGCGCACGUGCUUCGUCGAUUAUAAAUGAUCUUUUAUUAUAAGAACACCAGAAAUCUUUUACAAAAAAAUCCAGCAUUACUUGUUGUCCAUUCUAAUAUUUACCAUGAUAGAAAUGAUUGAGAAAUACAAGAUGUCCAACACAGCUGAGUUAAACUAUAGCUUUUGGAUGAUAAAAGUUGAGCUGAAGUUUCAUUAGCCACUUCACUUCAUUUUAAUUGAGCUAUAUAUCUUUUCAUGCACAAAUUGAUACAACUAUUUUUGAAUUUUAUGAAAACGUGUUCAGGUAUCUGCAUUGAAAAUUAAUUAAUUUAGAAGAUAUGUUGAUUUUAACAUUAUACCUGGGCUUAUGUAUGCUACAGCGUUUCUUCUCUACGCAGUCUAAAUGUACAAGGGUACAAAUAAUCGUGUUGAUAUUAACAUGUUUUUUCACGUUAAUCAAUUUUUUACACGCGCCUCUUAAUAAUUCUUUUACGACAAAUAUGAAAAAAAAAUAGAUUAACUGUUCUGUGAAAAAGACACAGUUUCGUUGAAAUAAAUAGAAGUGAUUUAGAAAUCUUUCAAAUUUGUUCACUUUUGGAGAAAAUACAUACGACAAACGAUCUAUAUAUCAUUUAAAGACAUUGAAUUUUAUCUGAUGAAAAUUUGUUCAGCUUUCUAUUGUUUCAAAACCAUGAUUUGAUGCAAUUGUACGGAUCGCGCUGUACAACAUUAUUUUAUAUUACAAUAUUUAAAGCAAAUAAUGAUUUCUCAACCAAUUUGAUCAUCGAUCAAGCAGAACCGUUAUUUGUUUGUAUUAAGACGCUUUUGUUGAAUGGCAACUAUAUGCGUUAAGGCUAGCGAAAAGUGAUUCUAAACGAAAACGAUAAGAAACUUGUGCUAGAUGCAAUCGAUGUGUUGCGUUGUUGUAAGGUUCGGGGAAAAAAGUUCAAAUUCUCUUGAUCAAAUCAGUAUUAUACUUAAACGAAUCAAAAAGUCAAAGAACCAUAUCACUUGAACGGGAGCCGUAGAACAGGACCGUGAGAGAUUAAUAGUAGUAAUAAUUCUAAUGAAAUGAUAAUACUGAUAUUAGUUAUAGUAAUAAUAGCAAUGAUAAUAUUUUAUAUUCGUUGCAAAAUAGAGAUGUAAAAUUUCUGGAAAGAUUGGAUCAUCGAAACGGAUCACUAAACUUUAGUCUCAAUAAACAAUGAAAAAAAAGAACAAAACGCAAAAAAAAACGCAAAAAAUAAAUAAAAAAUUGACUCGGAUGUUACUAUAGACGCAUCUUAACGUACAAUCUCGGUCUGUUCUCUGCAUACUGUUAUCGCGGAAAUUCAUUUUGGUUAUGGUAACGAUCGUUUUUUCUCUCACUAAUUUCUAUUAGCACUGUUAGCCACCGCUCAUCAAGCGUUUCCAUUAUUGCUUCGAUCGAGGACUGAUAAUAAAUCUGCCUGUUCGUUUUCUUCUUCCUGCGACGCUUUUUGCGAAACAAAAUUCAACUAAACAUAACAAUAAAUUCUAAAGUACAAGCAAUUAACUGUCGUUUACUUAUAUAAAGAUUGAAAUACUUAAGAGCUCAAUUAUUUUUGGUAUAUUUGAAGACGAUACGACCUACAUUUACAAUGUACUAGGUGUUGUAAUGAAACUUAACGAUGUGAUUAAACGUAAAACUUUCUCGAUAGUUUACAUCUCUAACGUUAAAAAGAUCGACAUCGGUUUUCGCGCGAGAAACAAACGGAUCUACUUAGACGCGAAAAACCAGAAAGAGUAGUUUCUAACAGAGGGCUAGAGCCAUACACGGUGUAUCUGUUUCUUCUUUUGUCUUAGAACGUUUUGUGGACAUACAGGGGUGUAAUUGAGCAGCGUGCUAGAGUUGUAGAGAACACCAGCAAUGGUACGUUUCUGUUGGAGCUGCGAUCAAAUCGGCAAGAGCAUUGAUAAGAGCACUGAUUUAUUGGAGCUAUCGGCCGAAUUUUCAGGUUGCACAAUAAUGAGUGAUUCUGAACGAUUCUUUGCUCUAUAAAAUAAAAGAAUGUAUUUCUAUGCUCUCGUCAACGCUCUUGUUGUUUGGCUUAGUUCCGAUAUAAACGUGUCUUAAACAAGCAGAUAGAGGAAACAAAAA